UGCAGAGCGGCAGACACACCUCGUUUCCCAUUCAUCCUGGCACAUUCAUACUAAAGAGAGGAGAGGAGAUCGCUCAGUGUGAGAAGCCGGCGAGCCUAUUCCUAGACUCUUCUACAGCCGGCACACUUCUCAUUACAUUACCUGACUCCCUCCCUCCUUCCUCUACCCGGGAUGGAGAAGCAGUCUGAGAGCGCUUCGUGUACCGGAUUACUGGGGGAGAAAGAUCAGCCCAAGAUCCAAGGCGAGAGACAUCGAGGGAAACAUAAACUGUCGGUGUGCAGUAAGAUCUGUUUUGCCAUUGGUGGAGCUCCAUAUCAGAUCACCGGAUGUGCCCUAGGAUUCUUCCUGCAGAUGUACCUACUUGAUGUAGUACAGAUGAGUCCGUUUAAUGCUUCCAUUAUCCUUUUUACUGGAAGGGUGUGGGAUGCGAUCACCGACCCGCUGGUUGGGUUUUUUGUUAGUAGGAGCUCUUGGACGCCAUUUGGCCGACUGGUGCCAUGGAUAAUUCUGUCCACACCCUUUGCUGUCAUCUGUUAUUUCCUCAUCUGGUAUGUGCCCGACAUCUCUAGUGGUCAGCUGGUGUGGUACCUAACCUUCUACUGCCUUUUCCAGACCCUUGUGACGUGUUUCCAUGUCCCUUAUUCAGCCCUUACAAUGUUCAUCAGCAAAGAGCAAAGUGAUCGUGACUCUGCCACAGGAUACCGUAUGACUGUGGAAGUCUUGGGCACUGUACUUGGCACAGCGAUUCAAGGACAGAUUGUGGGUAACGCGGAUGAUACCUGUGUGCCUAACUCCCUCCAGGGAGUAUCUGUCAAUACUUCUGUGGCUUCAGUAGAAGAAUCCAUAGUUUCAGAAGACUCUGGGUCUCUUACCAACACAAGAGUGGCCUACUUGAUUGCAGCAGGUAUCAUAUGUGGCAUCUAUAUACUAUGCGCUGUUGUACUGUCAUUUGGUGUACGGGAAAAGAGAGAAUCCUGUGAACUUCUUUCUGAACAGUCGGUGUCCUUUUGGCAGGGCCUGAAACUUGUUAUGAGCCACAGACCAUACAUUAAACUGAUCGCUGGCUUCCUCUUCACAUCAUUGGCUUUCAUGCUUCUGGAAGGAAACUUUGCCCUAUUUUUGAAGUACACGCUUCAGCGGCACAAGGACUAUCACAAUAUUCUGUUGGUCAUAAUGAUUUCUGCUACGCUGACGGUUCCUUUUUGGCAGUGGUUCUUGACCCGCUUUGGGAAGAAAACUGCAGUCUAUAUUGGGAUAUCGUCAGUUAUCCCAUUCAUGAUUGUUGCUGGCCUUGUAAAAAUCAACGUUAUUGUAACCUACAUAGUUGCAAUAGCUGCUGGACUCAGUGUGGCUGCAGCCUUCCUCCUGCCAUGGUCUAUGCUUCCUGAUGUUAUUGAUGACUUUAUUCUGAAAAACCCAGAGUCUCCUGGACAUGAAGCAAUUUUUUUCUCUUUUUAUGUUUUCUUCACCAAAUUUGCCUCUGGGGUAUCGCUGGGAAUAUCCACGCUCAGUCUGGAUUAUGCAGGCUAUCAGGCCCGUUCCUGCUAUCAGCCAGAAGCUGUGAAUGUGACACUGAGGUUGUUGGUCUGUGCUGCUCCUAUCGUUUUGAUUCUCAUUGGACUGUUACUAUUUAAACUGUAUCCAAUUGAUGAAGAGAAAAGGAAAGAAAACAGGAAAGCUCUUCAGCUUAUCAGAGAGAAUGACCGAGACUCUGAUUCUGACUCGGUGGAGCUUGCAAGCAAUUUAUGACACAGGCAUUUGCCUUCCUAAAGUUUACACACAACUGUAGAGACAUUCAGUUUGCCCCAUUUGAGGGGAGGUACCAGCCAAUGAAAGACUUAUCUGCACUACGCUCUUAACUUUCCCUCUGGGGACAAGUGCCAACCCUUGGUGCUAUCUGUGCUUGGAACACACUGAAUGCUGCAAUCCUACUGAACUUUGCACUAACAUAGGGCAAAUAUAUAUAUUAAUUUAACUGUAAAUUCUGACUAGGUUUUGUAUAUAAAGACUUUUUCCCAAGUGUUUGAGGAAAGGAGACGGUAAUUGUUAAAUACUGUACAUGUGGUUAAAAAGUCGUGCCUCGGCAGGUUGUAAAAACUACCUGUGAAUUGCCAAACGCUGAGAUUAACUAGUGUAUGUAUGGUAAUAAAAAAAGUGGACGAUUGUGUUUUAUAAUGUAUACGCUGCUGUAUAUUCUGUGAAUCUUGCUAUGUACAUACGUAUUUGUAAUUUAUAUACAACAAAAAUGAUGCCUCUUGAACAUCCUUUAAAGAUUUAAUAAUACUGUAUUUUGUAUUUAUUUUACAUAAAGCACAUGGGCAACACUUAUUGUGCAAGCAUACUUUUUUUUAAUUGUAUUACAAGAAGCUGCAUGUUGCUUGAAUGACCAAAGUUACAAACACAUGGACCCUCUUCUGACUCCAAGAGCACAGUGCCUCUGUUGACAAAAUGUUAGAAUGCAGUAUUAAUGGAGAUCCACCUGUAUGGUUUUGCCGUUUUUAAAAUGCCGACUAUCUGACAAUGUAUGUUUACAACUGUACAAGAUUUUCUACAUGUUUGGCAAAUGCUUGUUUUUCAUAAUGGUCUGUUUUUAUGAAUUUUGUUCCCGUGUUUAUGGAUGAAUGCUCAUUUAUAAAAUGUAAAUAUACAUGGAAAAUUACAGAUUUCCUGACUUA